UGGCGUCCAUGCCGGGGUAAUGCAAAAGAAUACAACAGUCAUCAUCAUCCUACUUACCUCAAUCCAUCCUCUUAUUUAUCAUUCACACAAUUGACUAUUGAUUUGGGCUGUAGUUCUGUUUUAAUGUCGCCUUGCAUGGUGCAUUGCAUCCCUCAACAAUCAAAGCACCUCCAUUGCGACAACCAAACGUACUACUUCAGCAUCGCUCAAGAUGUCUGUCAAUUCAGGUCGUCGAACCGUUCGAAAUGGCAAGCUCAAAGUAGCAAAGAAGGUGGGAUUGGAUUUGCCUAUCGAAGAGAUGUGGAACAGACUAUCUCGUGCUAUUGGUAGUAUUCAAAAUCAUGACAUUGGAAGCUUGAGCUAUGAGGAGCAUUACAGAUACGCUUAUAAUCUUGUUUUGUUCGACAAAGGAGAUUUGGCUUAUAGAGGAGUCAGAGCGCAAAUUGUACAACAUUUGAUGCAACAAUGUGCAGAUAUCAUCGUUCCAGCAUUUCCUACAGGAGCAGCAGCAACACCAACAGCAGGUAUCAUCUUACCCGAGCAGCCAAAGCCCGCCUCUUCUCUCAGAACUUCCUCUCUCGCCAAAGGGAAACACGUUGAAACAAAUCGCAAGGAAGAUAGCGGUUCCGUCGUUACAAUCGACAAGGACGUAGAUGAGGCAGCUGCGAAUGGUGUUAAUGUAUCGACUUCUCAAGUAGGUGAUCGAGCAGAUGUUAUUUCCCGAGCUCAGGCAGGCGAAAGAUUGCUGCGAGCAAUUCGGGACAUUUGGGAAGAUCAUUCUUCAUGCAUGAAAAGGUUACGUGAUGUUCUCAAGUAUUUGGAUCGUGUAUAUGUCAAAAAAGCAUCACAAGAUGACUCUUCUGUGGUGCCAACAUGGGAUUUGGGUUUACAUCUAUUUAGAGACACAGUGAUUCGCAGUCAAAAAUACCCAAUUCAUACGCAUCUUUAUACAGCAUUACUGACGCAAAUACAGCUGGAAAGAGAAGGAUCGGUGAUCAAUCGGAGCGCAUUAAAGUCAAACAUUGAUAUGUUAUUAUCAUUAUCGUACCCCGAAAGAGGUGUAGAGGAGAAAGCAUGGGAUACAGUAUACAAGCGAGAAUUCGAGCCCGCAUUCUUUGCAACCAGUGAAGAAUUCUACAAAGCCGAAGCACAGAGGCUUCUUGAUGGUCAUGAUGCAGCGCAGUACUUACGACAUGUUGAAAGACGAUUUUUGGAAGAAGAAGCACGCGUGGCUGUAUACCUGUCCUCAACAACGCAUUUUGAAUUGAGCAAAACGUUGGAGAAAUGUCUGCUAUCGGCACAUUUGAACAAAAUCAUCGAUAUGCCUGGAAGUGGAAUCGUCACGAUGCUCGAUGAGGAUCGGCGAGAGGAUUUGGCACGGAUGUAUCGAUUGUUUUGGCGUGUUACCGAUGGGCCUACAGUGAUGAGACUUGGUUUGAAAAGAUACAUUGGAGCCAAAGGAAAAGAAAUUAACAAUCCUGUGAGCGCCGGUUCAAAGCAGGCAACGCCAUCAAAAGAUGAUGAUGCGGAGGCAUCCGAAACAAAGGCAGCAGCCAAUGCUGCUGCUUCCACACCGCAAGCACAGAUGGCACUCAAGUGGGUAGAGGAUGUGCUGGCAUUCAAGAAAAAGUUUGAUGGAAUACUGCGAACCAGCUUACGAGACGACAAAGGCUGUGAAACGGCUAUCAAUGAGGCAUUCGAAACGUUCGUCAAUACAAAUCCUCGAUCACCCGAAUUCAUCUCAUUGUUCAUCGAUGAAAAUCUCAAGAAAGGCCUAAAGGGAAAAACGGAAGAGGAGGUGGAAGAAGUAUUGCGAAGAACAAUUACCGUGUUCCGAUUCUUGCAUGAGAAGGACGUCUUUGAACGAUACUACAAAGGUCAUUUGGCAAAAAGAUUAUUGCAAGGCCGCAGCGUUUCGGAUGACGCAGAACGUGGAAUGAUGGCCAAAUUGAAGAUCGAAUGUGGACACGGAUACGUGCAAAAGCUGCAAGGAAUGUUAAACGAUAUGAAAGUGUCUGAUGAAACUAUGCUCUCCUUCCAAGAAUCAUUGGAGAGGAAUAAACGAGACAUGCCAUUCGAUCUCGGAGUGAGCGUUUUAACGUCAACGUAUUGGCCAAUCAGUGCACAAGCACCUUCUUGUACGAUGCCAGCAGAGAUGGUAAGCGCUCGACAAGCAUUUGAGAGCUUCUAUCAAGCUAGACAUAGCGGUCGUUUGCUGACGUGGCAUCCAAAUCAUGGUACGGCGGACGUGCGCGUUCAAUUCAAGUCACGAAAGCAUGAGCUCAAUGUGAGCACGUAUGGUUUGGUUGUUUUGCUAUUGUUUGAGGAAGUACGCAAUGGGUCAAGCCUGGGCUAUCAAGAUAUCCAAAAGAGUACAACGAUUGCAGAUGGCGAUCUGAUGAGAACAUUACAAAGCUUAGCAUGUGCAAAGUACAAGAUUCUAAUCAAAGAGCCAAAAGGGCGAGACAUUGGAAAGGAAGACAAGUUCACCUUUAAUGAUGGAUUCCAGUGUAACCUUGCCCGGAUCAAGAUUGCCACAAUCGCAGCUCGUGUAGAAACGGCAACAGAACGAAAAGAAACAACCGAAAAAGUAGAAGAAGAAAGGAAGAAUCAAGUGGAAGCAUGUUUAGUUCGUGUGAUGAAAGAUCGCAAGACUAUGACCCAUAAUGAGUUGGUGAACGAAGUUAUUCGACAAUUAGCAGCACGCUUCCAGCCUACUCCUGGUUUAGUGAAAAAACGAAUCGAGAGUUUGAUCGAUCGAGAAUAUUUGGAGAGGAGUGAAACUUCCAUGAAUGUGUAUCAUUAUCAAGCAUAAGGGGGAUCGUAAGAACAACAAGAGGAGAGAGUAUUUAAGACAAUCAUAUCCAUUCAAUUGUAUUUUUUUAUAUUUUGUUCUCAAUUUAUCAUAGCAAUCACGAUGAGAUAAGCCUGUUAU